AUGGGGAAACGCCGACAGGAUGAUGCCGCUGCGGCUAGCGUAGCUGGCGGUUUCGGUGCGGAUGGUGCUGCGGGCAGCCUCAGAGGCAGAGGCAGAGGCGGGGCGAAGAGGGCCCGCGGGGGAACAGGCGCUGUGAGAGGCGGGCCUAGCGGUUGUCAGCAGAGGAAGAGGAAGGGCGCGGCAGCGCCGAGUGGGACAUCAUCGAAGCCGUUCGUCGGCCCGCUGCUCAUCCGCUACGUGAGCUCCACGCCGAUCGACAAGUCGAAGCUCGGCAUGUGCGGCUACUGCGCCUGCGUCGAGGACGAGGAGAAUGCGUUUCCAGAUGUUAAGAUGCCUGGGGAACCGAUUGCUAAGUUCAUACACGGGUGCAGCUACCAUUUCCGCGGGUAUUGCAGGGGCCAGUGGCAUCUGGAUCACCAGUGGACACAGAUGUGCGCACAGGCAAACGAAGACGAUCAGCUCGCCGAGGCAUUCGAAGCAACGUGCGAGAUCUCAGAUGGCAAGGCCUUUGCCUCCGCUGGCCCUCACGACGUGAGCUUGAAGCAUGACGCGGGCUUCACGGUGUACUCGGACUGCGUGUUGAUCACUGAGCAGCAGUACAAGAAGGAUAUCGCACCCGAAGGCGCAGACCAAUUGGUUCCGUCGGACGCUGGCGAGCGCAUCACCGAGCUGAAGAACGAGCACCGCUCGGAGAAGUUGUCAGGCGUGUUGGUGGCGGACCCGUCGCAGCCGCACGAGAAGUUUCGCAAGUGGUCCAGCACGUACGGGUCUCAUUCGGAGUGGGCGCUGCAGGCGUCGGAGUUCUGCCGCGACCAGCAAGCCUCGGGCAUGGCUGAUGCGAUUGAUAAGUAUACCAGGGAGUUGUUGCCGACUGCCUUACGUGGACACGUUGCCGCCCCCACCAUUGCGGAGGUCAGGAAUCGCGCCAUCGGGGCAGCGAGGGCCAAGGGAUUGUUGGUUCGUGGGCCGUCGACCCCCCACAGGCCAGGUGAUGGCGAUCUUGGGGCUGAGACGCCACUCGCUGGUCAGGGCAUUGGCCCGAGAGCCAUCUGCGACAUCGCGUCUUCGCCAGCCGCUGCUUCUGGCCUGGAUGGCGAGUCGGCCUCAGGGGCGCCGUUUGCUUCUCCCGCCAUUCCGAUGCCAGCGCGAGCUCAUGAUGCAGCGGGCGCUGCACACGACGAUCUUGCCGAUGGGAAGUCUGUUGUCAGCGCGGCCACCAUACCCCUGAGGCGCGGCAAGAGCUCGAUGGACGUGGGCUUGGACGACCCCGACAAGGCCCGCUUCAAGGAGCUCGAGGCCAACAUCGACAUCUGCCGCAUCUUGAACAAGGGGCAGCAUCACGGGAUUGGGGACAAGAUAUACGCCCUCGCCAGGUUCAACCCGAGGAGCCAUUCAAACGUGCAGGCAUCAAAGACGAGGUUGGCGGGUCUGAUAGAGACAUGCACCACCCUCGGAGGGGACGCGGUCGACACCACGAGCAGGGAGAUCAGGCUCAAUUUGCUGGAUCAACUGAAGCACCGCAAUAUUGACGGCGCCCCCAAUUUUAAGAUGAAGUUAGUCGCGGCGGCUGCCAGGGAGGCGACGUCGAUAACGGGCAAGGUAAACAUCUGCAUCCCAUGGUCGGUGACAGACGUUUCAUUCGAGGACCAGUUUUUGGUCAAGGGGCCCACCUUCGCACUCGUCGGGAUCCAGCCCGACAAGGCCGCCAAGGUGAGCAGGGAGUUCAUCAUCAACAAAAUCGUGCUUCCUCUGACCACCAAGCGCGAGGCCGACGUCGAUGAGUUGUUGGAGAUGUGCGAUGCUUUCAGCGAGCAUGUUGGAUCUGAUAAGCUACGCGACGCAGCUCCCGUUGAGCUAAAAGCGGUGGCUCAGGAGCUCUACGUCUUCUCGGAGAGCUUGAAGGUAUUGUUGGAUGCGUCUCCUUCCUCCAUCAUGGAUUGCCCCUGCAGGGUGGAGGCCCGUGCUUUCCUUCGUGAGGAGGGGGGCGAGGAGGACUGGAGGAACGUCGUUUUCACGUUCGGCACGGGCCUGAAGGACUGCCUCGCCGAGUACAACAGGGCGCACCACAGCGACAUCAAGCACGGCAAGGCGGCCAAGGAGUUCACCGAGCUGUUGGGCAGGAGCGACAUCACGAUUGACAACUUCGUGGUCGUAUUCGACGGCUUGGGCGAGUGGGGCAACCAGUUACGCACGGGUGGGGCCAGCGCCUUGUUGAAAGCGAUGUCCGAGUCGCCCGAGAGCUGGGUCAAGAAGAUAGCAUCGUCUGACUCAUCGUCCUACGCCGACCAGCCCGCCCCCGACGCGUUGAGGUCAAUGGAGUCGAGGUUCCAGGAGUUCAUCGGCAAGGCUGUCGACUUCAGGGGGGUGUCCUCGGCCCACCUCAAACAGCUUCAAGAGUUGGCGGCUGAGCUCCGCAGGUAUUCGGGGUCCGUUGCAUCUGCGGCCCAGGAGGAUGCACAUGCCACCGCGCGCCGCGCAUUGGCCCCUGAGAACGAGGAAUCGAUAUCGGCCGUGCGCGCGGCUCGCCAGCAGUGCGUUGGGAUGAAGUUCGAGGGCCAGCACGCCUUGUCCGCCGACACCCUCAACAUCGCAUGCGCGGUUGACCUCGUCUCCGAUGAGAUGUUGAAGCUCCUCGGCGUUGCUUGGGCGCUCGCGACGGACAACAUCGAGGCGAGCGGGGGCACGAUCACUUCCCUUGCGGCAGCUAAGGUUCGCAUCGGCGCCCUGUUCCAGUUCGCGAAGCUGCUGAAGGCUCGGAGCACGUUCGACCAGAAGAACGGGGAUCUGGAUGACGAGUGUGCAGCUGAGGUUUCGGAGGCAGCGGCAUGGCAGGAGCUGCGCGCGACCGCUGUCAGGUUCAAGGAGGCGGUUUGGAAGAAGAGCGAGGCGGAGGCCACCGCCAACGGAUCUGAGGGCGCGCCAAGCGAUGGCCAGGACAAGUCGUCCGCCAUGGAAGGUUACGUGAUCAAUCCCGAGUUCGAGGCUUACGAGAGACAGUUCAGCGCAGUGUAUGGCGACAUUGCCGCCAAGCUCGUAGACUUCUCCUCCACCUACUGGGACAACCUGGCGUGCGAGUCGGUGGCGAAGAUCAAGGAGUUCAUCGGCAUGGCAGGCGGCCUCCUGGACCUUUCAGGUCAGCACUUGCCCACGAGCGCGGCGGACCCCAACGACUUCGACUGCCUCCAGGACUGCUACAAGCGCGUCUUGUGCAAGCAGAAGGGCAUCACGACGAAGCUGAAGCAUAUCGAGGCCAUCAUCUCCCAGCAGCUCAGCUCGUUCGCAGAUGACGCCUCGCUUCGCGACAAGACGAGCGAGCUCGCGAAGCCCGAGGGCGAGCUCAAGAAAGGCCAGCGGCGCGCGCAGGCCACUUUGUGGGAGGCAAGGGCCCUGCAGAGCUUGACGAAGCUCACGCCCGACACCGCGGCAGAGGUUCUCACAACCUUGCGGGGCACAGUUCACGACUCGCGGGUCUUCUGCGAGGACGACGUCGCCAAGCCGAUCUUCGACAAGGUGUCGGACGAGCUGGCCAAGGCGCUGAACUCGGGAACG